UCUUCAUUCUUUUCAUCCCCAUUUCUUGUUUUGUUACAUUUUCUCCGGCCAUGUAUAAUAUGAACCAAACAGAGAAAGUGUCGGACGUUCCGAGGCCUCCGGGCAGCGACGUCGAGGACGAGGACGGGCCGAGGCCAGAAUCAAACUUCAAGGGAGUGUCGGAUGUCCAAAAAUGGAAGGAGGAGGAUUGGAUGAAGAAAGGGGUGUUGGCAUUGGGUUUAAGGGCAUGCGCUUUGCUCUUUUCUUUCCUAUCUUUUAUCCUCAUGGUUGUUAUCCCUAAUUUUCAUCUUGAUCAAGGUUCUAGUUUUGUGUUCGCCAUAGCAUUGAUUUGUAUGGUGUAUACUGCAAUUCAAGUUGGGAUAAAAGGUGAUGAGCUUCGCACAGGGAGAUAUAUUAUUUCACCAGAGAUCGCGGUUUGGAUUGACUUUAUCGGAGAUCAGGUAGUUGCGUACAUGUUGCUAGCAUCAGCAUCGGCAGGUGCCAUGUCUAUACAUAUAGUGAAGCUUUUUGUUUACUCACAUCCAACCAUAGACAAGGCAGCUGCUGCGGUUGCCAUGUCUUUUCUGGCAUUCUUCGCUCUUGCACCAGCAUCUCUCAUUUCUGGAUACCAUCUCUUCACUGACUUAUCAAGAUCAUAA